UUUGAUUUUGUGUAGUCAAGAAUACAUAUAUGUCGGGUUGUUUCAUCGCAGCCGCGGAUACGGCGAGCGUUGAGGCGGCGGCGCGGUCUCGUCGUCAUCUAAUCUGCAUCCUACGGUUGGGUCAAAAGGCGGGUUUUGGCGCUCGCUCUAUUUGUUAUUGGUUCUGGGAUCGUGGAAUCCGUCAAUUGGAAUUAAUAAUUCCCUGCUAUUUCUUGGACACUUCUUGUGUAGCCAUUAACCUGAAGCGUUUCAAGUGCGUGUUACAUAAAUCAGUGUGUUAUUUUACUUGUGACAUGCGUCCUUCGGGUAAGGUGAAUUCCCUUCCUUGCGCACGACUCGUUUGACGAUAUGUCAAGGAGAACCAGGUUGUGUGAUUUUCUCAGUGAUGGCGAGUGAUGAGGAAUUGAAGAAGGCUCGAACUGUGGAGGCUCGUGCAAGGAAUAUCAGCCACAAUGUCAGAUGUACUGAAUGUGGCAGCCAAUCCAUUGAAGAUUCACAAGCAGAUGUUGCUAUUUUGCUCAGAAAGCUGAUUCGAGAUGAGGUCCGGGCUGGCAAAACUGACAAGGAGAUAUAUAAAAAGCUAGGAGAGGACUUUGGCGAGUCCGUACUCUAUGUCCCUCGUUUUGAUCUACAAACUGCUGCUUUAUGGUUGUCACCGUUCGUCAUCGCUGGGACUGCAGCCGGAGCAUGGGCGUAUCGGAGGUACAGACAGAAGACCAAUGUGCACAUAAUGGCACUGAACCUUGUUAGAGGUGUUCCCUUGACCCCCACGGAGAAGGAGACAAUGCUUGACCUCCUCAAACCACCUCCAUCUCCAAGAAGAAGAUGGUAGAAUUGAUGUAAGCUAGCAGAUCUGCACAUUUUUUAUCUACAAGUGUGUAUUUUUCUACCAGAGAAAUCCUGUCUGAAAUAAUCAUACGAUUGAUGCAAAAGUUUGGUCGUUAAACACCUUAUUCCAUA